CUUCGGUUGAUAUCUUUGAAAAAGGUUGCAUUAAUUGUACAAAAGUCAAAUUGUUUUUUAAGCAUAAUUCUUCUGCUGCCUGUGAGCAUGUUGCACCAAUCAAUGGAGACGAAAAAAUACUUUGUAUUAAUUCUUUAGGUGAUGAACUAGCAUCAACAUUAGUUAAAUUAAUCAUAACUAUGAUUUUAAGAUAAAAAUUGUUCUAUUUUCUAAAAAUUAAAAAAUUGAUGAUAAAUGAGGCUCAAUCACUAAUUUAUGUCCAACAGUCUACAUAAUCACUACUCACAAAUUUGGACCACUACUUUCAUCACUUUCUUCUUUGUUUUGAAAGUGUAUUGUGAUCUAUUUUUAUUUAAAAACUACAAAGAUAAGAAAACGAGAGGCAUAAAUAAUUAAAUUCAUUUUAACAAUUUAUGCCUCCGGAACUUGUUUACAGACCCAAACAGCUGAUUUUCGAAAUUUUUCUGCGAAAAUUCGUUAAUCAAAGUUGUGCUUUGUUUUCUCCUUAGUUUAAUUAAAUCUACACUAUUUUAUUAUUGUUCAGCUCCAUUAUUAAAUCAGGAACAAAAGGACUCGUUUUAGGAGCGUAAUUUGUUAAUUAAAUUCAAAUAAGUUUUCGUCAAUAAAGCACCAACACAUAUAAACGUUUGUUUACAAUUUAUAAUGUAAAAUUUUCUCAAAAGUUGUUAAUUUAUUUAUUUUUUGUUUAUUAACUUAAGUGUUUGUCUUAAUUUUAAAUUAUGGUGGUUCUUUCGGAAUCAGUGUAUGAUGAAAUUGUAAAUUUCAUAUUAAAUUAUAAGGGAUUAGCUAUAGAAUGUGAGGCCGAUUUAGAAAGUCAGUUUCGGAAUGUUCCAGUUAAUGCAUUAAGAUCCAUUCUGUCAAAGCAAGGGCAGAACCUCACCAAAACUUUUUACUCACGGAACCAUCUGAAAUCAAAGGCCAUAUUAAGAGAGUAUCAUGGAAGAGUUAAGGAUGAAAAGACAAUAAUGGAAAUGGCUAUGGAAUAUAAGUCCCCUCCAAUGUCGAUUUGUCGAAUGAUUUUGAACGAGAUGUACUCAAAAACAGAAGUAAAAGAAAUGUUGAAGGACCCAAAUUGUAUACCUGAUCUGUUGUUGAGCUCCAAUGUUUUUACGUGUAUUUUUAAUGAUAGUCAAGACGGAAUUAUUGUGGAUAUGGUAAGAUAUACUGUAGGUGAAGAAUACGAAGUCAAAUUGAAGAAACUUGCUAGAGAUGCUGGACUGAUUUUCUAUGAUGAAGGUGAUCUUCGACGUGAUGGAUUUGACAAGACUCCGGACCUUUUAUUAGCCGUUCAGUCAAUGUAUAAAAAUACUAUAAUAAAUUGGAUCGAAAGUAAAGCCUCAUUUGGCGAUUGUGAAUCUCAUACAAGAUAUUUAAAUGAUCAACUUCAGUCCUAUUAUAAUAGAUUCGGAGCUGGCAUUGUAGUUUAUUGGGCUGGUUUUCAUGAAAACAUUAUUAACAAAUCUAAAUGUAAUUUAAUAAUUCUUGACGAUUUUCCAUCAAAAGAUGAUUUUGAAAAGUUGACAUUUCAAUAGUAAAAAAGGUUUUCAAAUAAUUUAUAAUCCAUUUUUUUUUUAAUUUCUACUGUAAAACGAAUUCACUUGAGGUUUCCAUUGUCGUAUUUUCUGUGCUAAUACUCUUCUGUAAAUUGUCAUCUACGAUAGCAUGCGCUGUCAUCAAGUGGUUCUGAAAAAAAAGAAAUAAAUCAAUUUAAUGUGUUUUAAAAUUGAUAUGAUUAAAAAUAACUACCCUGAUGUUUGAUGGCUUUAAAUCCUUUGAAUCGCACAAAUGGCACUGGAUUUCUGUAUCGCUGAGAACAGUAGAUUCUGAAGGCUCUUCAAUAUUAUGAGACUGUUCAUGUUUAUCUUUUGAUUUAGCCGAUCGAAAGGUUUUAUUACAAUAUUCGCACUAAAAUUAAU